CCUGUUCCUAUAACUGUUUGAUAAAGAGAGCAGACGCACAUGGGCUGCGCACAAAGUCUCUCUGAACUGAUAAAAGCCACUGCCUACUCACAUUUACAUCAGACAUCAGGACACAAACAAAGAUCUGAGGCCACCGGAGCACAAUGACAUCUCAGGUCUCAAAGACGGUCCUGCGACUGCAAGCUGAAGAAGUCCAGACACUGAAAGAUGGAAUUAAUUUCAAGAAAAACCCAGAGGAUGGCAAAUGUUACAUCAUUUACAAAGCCAAAGACAAACUACGAGCGUGUAGAAACCAGUGCAAACACCAGGGUGGACUCUUCAUUAAAGACAUAGAGGACUUGGACGGCAGGACAGUGCGCUGCACUAAACACUACUGGAAACUUAACGUGGCCACCAUGGAGUACGUCAACCCUCCAGACAGCUUCAUGCAAGAUCAACUUGAGGCAGUGCUGUCAGACACUGACGGUAGUUUAGAGCUGGUUGAGUUGAAUCCUCCAGACCCCUGGACUGCAGAGCCCAGAGAAGCACAAGAGCUUCACGCCGGAGAGAUCACGCUAACGUACAUCACGCACGCAUGUAUGGAGCUUAAAGCGGGGAACAAGAAGAUGAUGUUUGACCCGUGGCUCACAGGACCAGCGUUUGCGAGAGGCUGGUGGCUCCUUCAUGAACCUCCGUCUGAUGCCAUGGACAGACUCUGUCAGGCAGAUCUCAUUUACAUCAGCCACAUGCAUUCAGAUCACCUGAGCUACCCAACUUUGCGACAGCUUUCCAAGAAGCGUCCAGAUAUUCCCAUUUACGUCGGAAACACUUCACGGCCGGUGUUCUGGUAUCUGGAGAAAAGUGGAGUGAAUUUAACAAACAUCAACGUGGUGCCGUUCGGCAUGUGGCAGAAUGUCGACGAUCACCUGAGAUUUAUGAUUCUGAUGGACGGAGUUCAUCCUGAGAUGGACACCUGCUUGAUCGUGGAGUAUAAAGGUCACAUGAUCCUGAAUACGGUGGACUGCACCAGACCAAACAAUGGGCGUCUUCCACACGGUGUUGACGUGAUGAUGAGCGACUUCGCUGGCGGCGCCUCCGGUUUCCCCAUGACCUUUCAUGGCGGCAAGUACACUGAAAGCUGGAAGGCGGAUUUUAUCAAGAAUGAGAGGAAGAAACUGCUGAACUAUAAGACUCAGCUGGUGAAAUCCCUGCAGCCCAAGAUCUACUGCCCCUUUGCUGGAUACUUCACUGAAGCUCAUCCCUCUGACAGGUACAUAAAGGAGACGAACAUCAAGAACAGCCCAGUAGACCUGAAUGAAUCCAUAAGGAAGAGCUGUCCAAACACCUUAACCUGGACACCUUUACCCGGUUCUGUCCUGGAUUUGGCCCUCGCACUAAAAGACCCAUGUAACAGGAGUGCUAUCACUGAACCGCCCAACGGUACAAAAAUCUAUAAGGACAGUUGGGACUUUGACUGGUAUGUGGAUGAGCUAAAUGCUUCCAUUUCAGCUGAAAUCUUUAAAUACAAAAGCUGGAUCCAGCACUAUUAUAACUGGGCGGGAUUUAAAGGCUACAAUCUGGUCAUUCGGGUCAUUGAAACGGAUGAUGAUUUCAAGCCCCUGCGUGAAGGUUACGACUAUCUGGUGGACUUUAUGGACCUUUCUUUCCCAGAAAUGCGCCCGGAGAGAGAGCAUGCAUAUGAGGAGAUCAAGAACAGAGUGGGUGUGAUGAGGCACGUGGUUUUGAACGGGCUGCUAUGGGACGACCUGUACAUCGGCUUCAAUAACAGAAUGAGUCGAGAUCCUGAUGUUUACCACCACAAGUUCUGGAAUCAUUUUCAGACGGAACUGCCACUAUCAGCACCAGACUGGGAUCAUUUCCUUCAAACUGCCAGAGAAACAGACGUGACAGUUGAGAGCAGUAACAGCUGUGUGCUGUCUUAAUGCACACACACGUUGGUACACUUAUCAUUAUGAGGAUAGACGUAAUGGUUUAUGGGUUUAUGGGUCCCACUUUAUAUUAGGUGUCUUUAACUACUAUGUACCAACAUUUAAAUUAAUCAUUUAAUACAAUGCACUUACUGUGUACAUACAUAUGCACUUAUAUUUUUAAAGAUACCUGCAUGCAAUUACAGCUGUAAUAAAUUUCUGUAAUUAUGUCUAAAAUUG